AUGUCGCUCUUUGGCACAUCGCCGCCCGAAGACACGCCGUCGCGCGGCGACUCUGCCAUGGGCCGGUCGACCAAUUCCCUCUUCGACGACGAGGGGCCAAUGACCCGGUCGAGCACGACCAACCUCUUCAACGACGACGACGACCUGUCCGGCAGCGGUGCAGCGUCGCCGUGGGACCUGCCCACGCCGCGCAAGCCGCAAUCGCGCGCCGAGCUGAUCCGCGGCCUGCUCGCCGGCGCCGAGGUGCCCGAGAGCUAUGUGGAAGCCUUCGACCACGCGCUGCGCGAGGACGGCCGAGGCGGCAGGGUCUCGCCGGCCGGCAUAUCCAAGACGCUGGCCGCGGCCAAGCUCGAUGCCGACAGCCAGGCCCGCAUCAUGAGCAUCCUGGCGCCCGGCGGCGAGGAGGCGGAGCUUACGCGGGACGCCUUCAGCGUGCUGUUGGCGCUUGUCGGGCUGGCGCAGGAGGGCGAGACGAUCAGCCUGGAUGGGGUUGACGAGAGGAGACGAAAUCUCCCGCAGCCGCAGCUGUCCAACCUCCCCAAGAAGAUCGAGCAGCCGGCCUUUGACGCCUCCGAGCUUGCCGCCAAGCCCCCGCAGGCGCCCGAGACCCCGAGAAAGAACUCGCCGCCGCGGCCUGCCCAGCGAGCACGGAAGCCCUCCAUGAACGACCCCGAAGACGACCCCUGGAACACCCCGGACCUGCACAGGAACCACAACCACGCCAAUGUGCCGCGCCCGAGCGCCAACCGGCCCGUGAACGGCCACAGCUACGCGAGCUUCGGUUCUCCCGACCUGCACGAGCGGACGACGUCCAACUUCACCACCACCUCUGUGGGAUCCGCCGCACCUUCCGGCCGCCAGUCCGCUGCGUCCGGCGCCGUGCCCGAGAGCCCUGCCGGCGGCUGGAACUACUUCGAUGGUGCCAACACGAAUCCGGACCAAGGCUUUGGUGUCGCGCCCUCGAAUCAACCCACGAGCCCGUUCGGCGGAGCCCCGGGCGGAAGCCGAGAGCCUGGCGCAAACCCGCCUGCCAACACCCACUCGCGUACCAUUAGUGGUAGUCGGAUAGGGACCGGCGGCGAGGAGAACAUUCUGGUUACACUGAUGCCGGAGAAGGAGGGCAUGUUCAUGUUCCAGCAUCAUAACUACGAGGUUGCCAGUUCACGCCGCGGGAGCAAGGUCAUUAGGCGAUACAGCGACUUUGUCUGGCUGCUGGACUGCCUGCACAAGCGGUAUCCGUUCCGUGUGCUGCCCCUGUUGCCACCCAAGAGGGUCGCUCUCAACGGGAACCACCUCAGCAAUGACGGGGGUUUCAUUGAGAAGCGGAGACGUGGUCUGGCCCGGUUCCUGACUGCUGUCGUCCGGCAUCCGAUUCUGGGGCAGGAGCAGCUGGUAGUCAUGUUUUUGACCGUGCCAACGGAAAUCGCCGUGUGGCGCAAGCAAGCCACUAUAUCCGUGCAGGACGAGUUCGCAGGCCGAGCCCUUCCCCCGGGCUUGGAGGACUCACUGCCCAUUGGACCUCUCGAUGAGCUAUUUGACCGCACGAGGUCCGGUGUUCGCAGAUCCGCCGAGCUGUAUAUCAGCGUCUGCAAUCUCAUGGAUCGUCUGGCGAAACGGUCCGAGGGCGUAGCGGCUGACCACGCGCGCAUGGCCGUCGCCCUCGCUUCUCUGACGGAAACAAGCAAGGAUACCUACGCGACCGACACGAACGACGUACCGCUCCUCAACGACGGCUUGGUCGCCAUGUCCAAGCGCCUGAAGACGGCACAGAGCCUGCUCGAAGACGAGAGCAAGGCCUGGGAGGCGGGCGUGUUGGAAGACCUGAAGAGGCAGCGCGACGCCCUGGUAUCGGUGAGGGAAAUGUUCGACCGCCGGGAACGACUGGACAAGGACAACAUACCGUCCCUGGAGCGGCGCAUUCAGAACAACGAGACCAAGCUCGCGAGCCUGCGAGCCAAACCGGACGGACUGGUCAAGCCCGGAGAGAUUGAGCGGGACAAGGAAAGCAUAGUCACGCAGCACAACCGCUCCGUCUUCGUCCGCGAGUGUGUCCGGGACGAGCUCAUCUACUUCCAGCAGACGCAAUACAACGUCAGCCGGUGGAACCAGGACUGGGCGCAGGAGCGAGUCAAGUACGCCGAGAUGCUGUCUGACAACUGGCGCCGCCUGCUCGAUGAGCUGGAGGGGAUGCCGCUUGGGGACCCGACAGACCGGUCCGCCUCCUACUCCUCAUCGGGCUCGUCUACUAUCUCUGCUGGGCGUGGCGGGCCUGGUGGGCUGGAUGGUGUAUCUGCCGAGGGAGAUGUGGACGGCAACGCCCCAGAGGACGGGUUGGCCAAGAAGAUUGACGCAACCAAGGCCAGGAGAGUACUACUGGGGCGUGCCGUGUGCUCUGAGGACCUUGGAUCGGGAGGGUGGUUUUGA